AUGUGCCGCUGGCCGCUGCUCCUGUUGUGGGGGCUGCUCCCCGGCGCGGCGGCGGCGGCGGCGGCGGCGGGGGGCUCGGGCCGAGCCCUCCCGCACCGCACCCUCCUCGACUCCGAGGGCAAGUACUGGCUGAGCUGGGGCCCGCGGGGCGGCGGGCUCGCCUUCCGCCUCGAGGUGCGCACCGCCGGCUACGUGGGCUUCGGCUUCUCGCCCACCGGGGCCAUGGCCUCGGCGGACAUCGUCGUGGGCGGAGUGGCCCACGGGCGGCCCUACCUGCAGGAUUAUUUUACAAAUGCAAAUAGAGAAUUAAAAAAAGAUGCUCAGCAAGAUUACCGCCUGGAAUAUGCCAUGGAAAAUAGUACACACACAAUAAUUGAAUUUACCAGAGAACUGCAUACAUGUGACAUAAAUGACAAGAGUAUAACGGAGAGCACAGUGAGAGUGAUCUGGGCUUACCACCAUGAAGAUGUGGGAGAAGCCGGCCCCAAGUACCACGACUCCAAUCGUGGCACCAAGAGUCUGCGGCUGUUGAAUCCUGAGAAAACCAGCGUGUUGUCUACAGCCAUACCAUACUUUGACCUGGUAAAUCAGGACGUCCCCAUCCCAAACAAAGGUACGACCUACUGGUGCCAAAUGUUUAAAAUUCCUGUGUUCCAGGAAAAGCAUCAUGUAAUAAAGGUGGAGCCAGUGAUACAGAGAGGCCAUGAGAGUCUGGUCCACCACAUCCUGCUCUAUCAGUGCAGUAGCAGCUUUAAUGACAGCGUUCUGGACUAUGGCCAUGAGUGCUACCAUCCUAACAUGCCUGAUGCGUUCCUCACCUGCGAGACUGUGAUUUUUGCCUGGGCCAUUGGUGGAGAGGGUUUUUCCUACCCACCUCAUGUUGGAUUAUCCCUUGGCACACCGUUAGAUCCUCGUUAUGUGCUCCUGGAAGUCCAUUAUGACAAUCCGACAUAUAAGGAGGGCUUAAUAGAUAAUUCCGGACUGAGGUUAUUUCAUACAACAGAUAUAAGGAAAUACGAUGCUGGGGUGAUUGAGGCUGGCCUCUGGGUAAGCCUCUUCCAUACCAUCCCUCCAGGGAUGCCUGAAUUUCGGUCUGAGGGUCACUGCACUCUGGAAUGCCUAGAAGAGGCUCUGGAAGCUGAAAAGCCAAGUGGAAUCCAUGUGUUUGCUGUGCUUCUUCAUGCUCACCUGGCGGGCAGGGGCAUCAGGCUCCGUCAUUUUCGCAAAGGGGAGGAAUUGAGAUUACUGGCUUAUGAUGAUGAUUUUGACUUCAAUUUUCAGGAGUUUCAGUAUCUAAAGGAAGAACAAACAAUCUUACCAGGAGAUAAUCUCAUUACUGAGUGUCGUUACAACACAAAAGAUAGAGCCCGGAUGACUUGGGGAGGAUUAAGCACCAGGAAUGAAAUGUGUCUUUCAUACCUUCUUUACUACCCAAGAAUUAAUCUUACUCGAUGUGCAAGUAUUCCUGACAUUAUGGAACAACUUCAGUUCAUUGGCGUUAAGGAGAUCUAUAGGCCAGUCACGACCUGGCCUUUCAUUAUCAAAAGCCCCAAGCAGUAUAAAAACCUCUCUUUCAUGGACGCAAUGAAUAAAUUUAAAUGGGCUAAAAAGGAAGGUCUCUCCUUCAACAAGCUUGUCCUUAGCUUGCCGGUGAACGUGAGAUGCUCCAAGACGGACAACGCGGAGUGGUCGAUUCAAGGGAUGACAGCAUUACCUCCACACGUGGAAAGACCGUAUAAAGCAGAGCCCUUGGUGUGUGGAACCUCUUCUUCCUCUUCUCCGCCCAGAAACCACCCUCUUGAGAUGCUCUUGUGUUUCAUGGUACUCUGCAGCCUGUUGCACAGCACACACUUGUGGUCAUAA